AUGGCCACAAGUAUUGGUUAUUUGUUAACAAGAUAUGGAAUUAUCACAUCAAUUAGGAAGAUUAUAUUAUUGGUUGGUAUAAUUGGUGGUAAAUUUUUAUUACUACCAAUCAUCGAAUUUUUGGUCAACAAGUUUGUUCCUGGAUAUGGUCCUGGUGAAGAAAGUUAUUUCAAUAUUGAACCAAAUGCAGAAUUGGCAUUUAUUUUGGUAUUGUUUUAUAUACUCAACAGAUUUUUAUUUGGCAUCCCUUUCACAUUUAAAUUGUAUUCAAUUAGAAUGUUAUUGGUUAUGAUGGAAGGCCAAUUCUUACUAUUAACAUCCACCAGAGCAUUUGAUAGUUUUGGAUUAAAGUGUCAACAUACCAGAUCAGAUGAUUUAAGCCCAGCUCAACAACAAAAAAAUCUUAAAAAAAUUGAAGUCGAACUUAAAACAUUGGACGAGAUGGAGUCGAAAUAUGGUACACCAAAAUCAAAAGACUAUGUUGGUUUCUUAACUGCUAAGGCCUAUUUUCAAUCAUUAAAACAAGGCUAUCAGCUAUUACUUUAUCCAUCACCAAAAUAUUUUAUCUAUCCAAUGGUUUAUUCAGUCAAUCAGUUUGCAGGAGCCCAAUCUGCUCUUAUUGAUGUCCUCACUAAACAGCAAGUCGAUACCAAAGGAGAUGCUCAAGAUUUUGUCGAAAGAAUUGAAUACAGCGAUCAAUUUAUCGAUGGUCUUUUACUUGAUUUAGAAGUACGUAAAGAAAAGGGUAUUAUUCCUUCAUCACAUAUUCUUGACCUCUGUAUCAACAACAUCGAAUCUAAAAUUCUUCAAAGAAGUGAAACUUCACCAGAGGACUAUUUCUUGUAUAAGAAACUAAAUCAAGAUUUAAUUGCCUUAAACACAAAAGGCAAAAUUACCCAAUCAAACUCCGACAAAAUAUUAAAAGAUUUAAAUCUAUCAAUUGAAAAGUAUUUAAUUCCAUCAUAUGAAAAAUUAAAUCAAUACUUAAAAAGCCUAAAACAAUUUUCAAAACCUGGUGAUGGUAUUUGGAGGUGCCCAAAUGGUGAAGAGUUAUAUACUUUUCUUUUGAAAUUCCAUACAAAUACUGAUUUAACAGCAACUGAAAUUCAUGAAAAAGGUUUAAAAGAAGUUAAAAGAAUUAAAGAUGAAAUUAUUCAACUUUUUAAAGAUAAGCACCCAGAUAUCGAAAGAAAUUUUGGUGAAGUCAUAAGAUUAAUUCCAAAUAAACCAGAACUACAAUUUUCAGAGGGUGACAAAGGAAGAGAAGAAAUCAUUAAAUACUAUAAAGAUAUUAUUGUCGAGUGCACCAAUGCAGUUGAUGACUCUUUCGAAAGAUUCCCCAAGGCGGCGUGUGAAGUCGAGCGUGUGCCACUCUUUAAAGAAGCUGAAUCAGCACCAGCAUAUUACAAUCCACCAGCAAUGGAUAAAUCAAAAGGUGGUAUAUUUAGUGUAAAUUUAAGAGAUACUACAGCACACAAUAAAUCCAUGGCUAAAGAUCUUUGCAUUCAUGAAGCAAUACCAGGUCACCAUCUUCAACUUGCAUUGGCUCAAGAGUUUAGUAACAUUGAUGCAUUCCGUAGAGUUAUUGUUUUCACAUCAUUUGCAGAGGGUUGGGGUCUUUACACUGAGACUUUGGGUGACGAUUUGGGUCUCUAUAAAAACAAAUACGAACGUUUGGGUUAUUUAAGUGCAGAACUUUGGAGAGCUCUUCGUUUGGUUGUAGAUACUGCUCUUCAUUCAUCCAAAUACAAAUGGACUCGUGAAAAAGCAAUUCAAUACUUUAAAGAUAACACCAAUUUAGUCGACUCUGAUAUCAUCGCUGAAGUUGAUCGUUACACUGUCAUGCCAGGUCAAGCAUGUGCAUACAAAAUUGGUCAAAUGAAGAUUUUAGAAUUAAGAGAAAAAGCAAAAAAAAAAUUGGGUAGCAAAUUUGAUUUAAAGAAAUUCCAUUCUGCAAUUUUAAAUAAUGGUUCAUUACCAUUAGAUAUUUUAGAAAUUUCCUUUGAUUUAUGGUUAGAUUCACAAAAUUAA